AUGGCUCGUCCGCCCUCCAUGUUCCACGCUUUCCUGCGGCCCUCGAUCCUACAAAUCCUUCGCGCGACGGGCUACCACAGCACGCGCCCUGCAGUGCUCGACACCCUGACCGACAUUGCCGCGCGAUAUCUGACGCUUCUAUGCGAGAAGACGGCGAGCAAUGCGACAAACAACCACGGCGAUGCGGGGGAUUACGACAUAGUGGACGUCAGGAUGGCGCUGCAGGAGGUUGGAGUGCUGCUGCCGGAGAGGGCUGAGACGGAACAGGCGUGGAAGGGAGAGGAGGAUAUGAGAGGAGUGGAGGAGUUUAUUGAGUGGUUUUCGGGAACGCGCAUGAAGGAGAUGAUGGAGAUGGGCAGCGGAGAUACUGAAUCUGACGCUACCGACUAUCUGGCUGCACUAAAAAAGAAGCACAGCAAAACAGGCGACGACGCAAAGUGGCAAGGCACCAUCUUUGGCAAAUCCAACGACGGCAACGAGAUCCUCGUCGAAGGCGGCUCCAUAACCAGCAUCAGCGAAUGGAUAUCCAAGAGAGCACCGGAAUCACUUGAGCCCCAGGAAACGAUAGAAGAGCAGAACGGAGACAAUCCCGAAGCCGCAGACAUGAGAAGGUCCCCUAGUUCGGGCCUCAGCUCGGUGGGGGAUAGGCUGGGCGACGAUGGCGUCGAGGACAUGGUUCUUACCUAG